UGACAGCUUUCGGCUUUUUCGAGAGAAAUACGCGCGUGACAAUAAUCAGUGCGUAUUUACUUAUUGUGCUUAAUUUGAAAAAAACAAUAAUUAUUUUCGAAUACAUAGUGUAACUUGAAAAUUAAACCAAGGCAAAAAUGAACCUUGUUUGUGGAUUUUUCUUAAUAGUUCUGAUGUUCUUUCCCCAAGCGAAAACCAGAAGUAACUUCAAGGAUAAUGAAGUUACCGCAGCAAUAGAAAUCCAAGCAGUAGAAGGAAAAAUCGUUAACCUACCUUGCGACGUCACACCACCCGGGCACGAUAAAGUCUACAUGGUAUUCUGGUUCCAGCAAGGUUCCGGCUACCCUAUAUACAGUUUCGAUGUCCGAGGCAAAUCGAUGUCGCAAGCCAGGCACUGGUCGGCGCCGGAAGUGUUCGGUACCAGAGCGUACUUCCGCACCGUGUCGGAACCAGCGGAACUGGUAAUCGAAGACGUCAAGCGGCACGACGAAGGAGUUUACCGGUGUCGGGUGGACUUUCGGAAUGCGCAAACGCGCAGCGUCCGGUACAAUCUUACCGUAAUUGUCCCUCCGGAGCCGCCCAUCAUCCUGGAUAAGUGGGGUCGUCAUUUGAACGGCACGGUGGGCCCUUACGAGGUCGGCGACGACGUCGUAUUAACUUGUCGGGCGGUGGGCGGUCACCCCCAGCCCACCGUUAGAUGGCUGGUUAACGGCCAGGUCGUUGACGACGAAUAUGAACACGACGCCGGCGACGUUAUCGAGAACAAAUUCACCUGGCCGUCGGUCUCCAGACAAGAUUUGGACGCAAUUUUCACCUGCCAAUCGCAAAACACUAAACUUACCGAGCCCAAAGAGGCAGCGGUUCUUCUAGAACUUAUUUUGAAACCGUUGACCGUCGGUAUAGCAAAAACCGAUGGUCCGUUGGUGGCUGAUAAACGGUACGAAGUCACGUGCGAGAGUGCUGGUUCUCGACCGCCGGCUAUAAUUACGUGGUACAAAGGAAAACGUCAGUUGCGACGGACAAAGGAAGACACAAUGGAAAAUGUAACAAUUAGCGAACUAAGUUUCGUUCCGACAACGGAAGACGAUGGAAAAUCUAUAACUUGCAGAGCUGAAAAUCCGAACGUCACUGGUCUUUUUUUGGAAACUUCUUGGAAAAUCGACGUUGUCUUUCCACCCAUAGUUGAUCUAUCCCUUGGAAGUACCCUAAACGCUGACGACAUCAAAGAAGGCGACGAUGUUUACUUUGAAUGCAAAGUCAAAGCCAACCCUCCAAUGAGACGACUUACUUGGUUGCACAACGAUAUAUUUCUGGCGCACAACUUGUCGAACCGGAUUAUACACAGCAACCAGAGCCUGGUGCUGCAAAAAGUCACUAAGCAAAGCGCCGGAGUUUACAGGUGUUCGGUUGUGAAUUCCGAAGGGGAAACUGUCAGCGACGAGCUCAACUUUCGAGUGCAAUAUGCUCCGAGGUGUAAAAACGACAAAAUCGUCGUGGUAGGGGCUUCAAAAGGUGAAAACAUCGACGUGGUCUGCGAAGUUGAAUCUGACCCACCAGUAAAGAGCUACAAAUGGAAAUUCAACAAUUCCGGCGAAACUUUGGAGCUAGAAUCGCAACGAUUCUCAAAAACUAGCAACGGUAACGUCAGCAUUUUGAAGUACAAUCCCACAACCGAGCUGGAUUACGGCUCGCUAUCAUGCUGGGCGUCUAAUGUACUCGGCCAACAGCUAAAUCCCUGCAUUUUUCAAGUUGUCGCAGCAGGCAAACCAUUCCCAGUGAAAAACUGCACUCUAACCAACCAAACCAGCAACUCCGUAGAAGUCUACUGCCAGCCAGGUUUUGACGGCGGUCUACCACAAUAUUUUCUACUAGAAAUAUACACGACCAGCUCGAAUAUACCCCAAUACAACAUUACAUCCUACAUCGAACCGUAUUUCUUUUUGGACAACUUGGAAACGGACGUUACCUUUCGAAUUGCGGUGUUUGCCGUCAAUGCCAAAGGCAAAAGCUCGUCGGUCAUUUUGGAAGAGUUCGUUUUUAGAGAUGCUGAAAAAAGAACUGCUAGUGAUGGUGAGUUUUCUCCAGUGCUAGGAAUUCUAGUAGGCGCCGCAGGGACAGUGAUAGCAAUCGCAGUCUUAAUUAUACUGCGAAUGAGAGAUGCGAAAAGUAAUUCGCAAGCGAUUUUGGAUGAGAAAGUUUCUGGCGUUAGUAGGGGACAAUGUAACACAAUGUCAUCCAUGAAGCCCUUGCUGAGAGGCUCCUCACCUAGAGAACUGGACGAAAGAGAUCCGGAUAUUAUACCCGCUAAGUAUGGGGCUGCAGAGAAUGAGGAAAAUCGUUUGGGGGCCCUCAACGGUUCCCAAGCGUCAACUGCCGUCAACUUCAGUUAUCCUUCGGACGUUCCUCUUGUUAGAGCAGGUCCCAAAUGGAAUGACUCUGCAGAACUGGUUAGUCAGAUGGAGGCGUCAAUUGUUAUCAUUAAACCCGGUCAAGAACAAAACCUAUUAUGAUAAAUGGAUUUCAACAAAACGAAAAACCAAGAAAGUAUUGACAUUGAAACUGACGCCUGAGAAUAUACUCAUAAUGUUUGUGUGCCUUACAUUUUUUUUACUUCAGGAUUUCGGUGCCAAUACAAUUAUGUACAUACUUAUAAGUUUUGUCCUUUCGAGAAGUACCUAUUGUGCUACAUGCAGCAAGCAGGUUAAACAUUUUUAACGCUAAACUUCACUAUGUGAGAAUUGAAAAAAAAGAAAUAAAACGGAGUCUUCUGAAAUGGAGAAUGGAGCAAUUCACAGAUAUGUGAAUUAAUUCAAGAAUUACAACAAAAUAAUGUUAAUAUUAUGAAAAAGUCAAUUGAAUUGUGCUUGUUGUUUAUUGAAAAAUGUUGCAAAGCCACUUGUUGAAUUCAAAUCAUACAUACUUUGAAAUAUAAAUAUUGGGUGUCCAAAUGUUUUUGCGAAUCAUACAAACUGUAAAAUAUAAGUCUUAAUAGAAAAUUGGUGUAUCUAACACAUACUCUAAUGGUAUAAAAUUUUCAACUUAUCGGGCUUCCUCAUGCCUAGAAAAAGUGUUGGCUGUGUUGUAGAGGUAG